CAUGGGCGUUGGGGAUAUCCAGAAUCUCCUAGAGUUAAAAUAUACAUGUUAUUGUCAAUAAUAUAGAUAGAAAUUAUUUAGUAAUGUUUUACUUAAAAAUACUUCAUAUAACUCAAAACAUCCCAAUAAGUUAUACUGUGGAUAUAUUACCUAAAAGCCAGACAAUUUCUCCAUUUUGGUGCAAAGAUUGCAUGUAUGUGUUUAAAUUACUGUUUUCCCAUAUAAAGGAUUCAUGAUUAGCACCUCCAAACUUGGAAUUCACAUUUAAAAUUCUAUAUUCAUCAUCACAUACCUGAAAAGAAGACAUUUUGUUUAUUUUCUACCCCUUUUUAACCAAGGAAAAAUAAAAAAACUUAAUAUUUACCAUUUGAACAUUAAGUGAAUGGUAGUGCAGUAUGGUAGUUACAACUGUUCAAUUAGGGAACAUGAAUAAAAUAGGCGACUCACACGAUAGGCAAAUUGUAUAUUUAAAAGGAAUGAAAAUACAAAAUAUUUGGUGGCGAUCGGGUCGCGAGCUAUCGGCAAGUGCCGGUCUUAGGCGCGGUGGUGAGAAACCCCCCGCACUUCACAUACUCCCCGCAAACACCGUCGGUGCUGUCGUAACGGCGCCGACAACAACUAUAAUACAAAUGUUCCUCUUCUUUUGGUGGGGCAACUAUUUUAAAUUGACUUCCAUCAAUACAACCUACCACUCCAGGGAUUUCAUAUUUUCUGUAAAAACUGAAUUUUAAAAUAAAUAUUAACUGAAUCUAAUGAUUAAUUUGCAUUAGGUUGUUUAAAAAUAAGCAUAUAUUUAUUAUCGUUGACUAACUGCUUGUCUAGCAGCUGGAGUAUCAGGGAACCGAAUAUAUUUAUUUAUUAUAUUUUUGUGUGUCAGCGCUGGGUAACUUCUUCUAUGUACACACUACACAUUAUUUGAGACGUGUGCUUUGUAACCCCAACUGGCAUUUGGUAGGAUCCAGUUGCAAAAAAGAAUAGAGCAGUGAGCACCUGCAAUUAAAAAGAGAACAAACUUAUAUUUAAACUUGCACUUGUUUUAAACUUGAGUUGCAAAAAUGUGAAUACUUUAAUGAUCGAUACAUACUUUAUGUUCCAAGGAAACGCGUUGAGAGGACCUAAGAUUUGUCAAACUCCUUAGCUCUUUACACAAAAACUUGAAGACUUUCUUGGAAAUGCGAUAUCUAUCUUUAAAGUGCCUCCCCGUGAGGUGUAACAAAGGUUCAAAGAUGCACGAGUUCUUCUUUCAACAUUGGCUUUAUAAUUGCGCUCAUCUUGUGCCUUAGCGGCUGUAAACAUCCUCCAUGCGAAAAAAAACGUCCUGCCAUAAUUAAAUAUUGUUCACACAAACCGAAAUAAAAUUAAACCUUCAACAAUCGUUCUCACUAUGCUUUCUCACUGUCAAAAUUUAGGUGAAAACUUUUUCGAUAUCGACCGCGUAAACUUUAUUUAUGUUAGAUCAAAAUUGGAACUCGCACUCGCAAAAUUCUUGAAACAACCAAUCACGUGCGUUUACGUUCUCGCUGUCGAAUGCGAGUGAAUGCUCGAUGGUCGAUAUCGACGACGUAAUAAACUCGCACUCAUGAACUGUGAUUCCGAUUAUUGCCACUAGUUGGCGCUGAUUUUAUUCCAUACAAAUUGUAGUUAACUUUCUCGCUAUCGAGCGCGUAAAAAAACUCGCACUAGGCACACUGAACAAGUAUUGCUAUGCUGUAAAAUAAAUAGUCUGCGACUGGAUGCUUGUUUUCAACGUUUGUUUUUUUAAGGUUAAAAAUAAUGGGUUUUUUUACACUGAUUGGAUUAAAUUGCUUUUAAGUGUAACAAAUACUAUGUACAAAUCGCUAGGCUUCUUUACAGAGGUACCUAUGUAAAUGCUACUCGCAAAGAUCGUUUACUAAUUGUCGCUUUUAAAAUAAGUGCUCGCUAUAGCUAAUAUUUGUAGAUGAAUAAAAUAAUGAUUUAGUUAUAUAAUCUAGUUCUUGCCAAAAUGUGACUUUAGACGGAUAUUAUCUUUUGCUACAUGUAAAUGAAACCUAAUUAACAUACACAUAAUUGUGGAUGUUUAAAUUAAGUCCACUGAUGAGAUAACAGUUCGUUAUAGUUGAGUUCAAAUGCAAUGUUUGCCACAAAUAUGUUAUGUUUUAACAUGUGAAUCUUUUCAAUUGGUGCAUGUGCCAGCUAUUUCACCCAUUGCUUGCAUUUGAAAAAAAUAAUAUAAAUAAAAUCUCAUUUUAUUGAACAAAUAGAAUGUUAGCAGUCACAAUUGACAAUGUAGUUUCUAAGUAUAGUUAGUUUCGGAUUGCCAUCCCAUUGAACUAUCAGAUUUAGAAAAUAGUGUGUUUGUAUUUUCCACACAAUCGUACACUAUAUAAACCUGUCCUACGUAGAUGGUUAGUCCAAAAAUGUACUGGCGUUAAAUAUCAUAUUACAAUUAAAGUUGAAAUCACCACAUACCUUUCAUCAUCUAAUGGAAAUAUUGCUACGAGUAGCCUUUUCUUGUUAUCAUUUUUUCCUCUUCUUGCACCAUUUAAUUGGAAAGUUUUAUAAUGCAUAUUUAAUUUUUUAACAAUUAUGUAAAUGAACAACGGCUCCUAUAGCAAAAUUAAAAGUAAUCUUAAUAAAUAAAAUAUAUACAAAUGUAAUUGUUUGAUUUGACAUUCGAACCUAUUUGAUUUGACAAUGUCGUUAAUAGACAUAUUACGAAAAGUAGAAAGAAGAGAUAACCGUCAUUAAAAUUUGACCCCUGUAGUACAUAUAAUUUUUACUAUAGAAGUUGCGCCAGCCUGGGUAUGGACGUAUCUGUUACCGUUGCAGCCUACUAUAGUCCACCGCUGAUCAUAGGCCCUCCCUGUAGUUUGCCUCGUAGGGAGGGAUAUUUGCCAUAGUUUCCACGCUUGGCAAGCGUUUAUUUUUUAUUUUUAGUCGCUAUAUUUACAGGCUGUGAAGCAUUUUGCCUUAGUUCUUAGCUUUGACAACGUAUCUGCAGCCUUCUUUACUUGUAGUUGGUUGCAGAUGACCACUUCCUUUAAGAUGGACUGUAAGUUUGCGUGUCAUUUCAAUCUAUACUCUGUAUCCGUAUAAAUUAAAUUGAAAUGUCUGUCUGUAAUAUAAAAAUAACUAACAUUUUUUUAAGUUCAUGGGUUAUUUGCAUGCUAUUAAGACUGAAUAACCAUUUUAAAAUUUUGGUCUGUCUGUUUGGCCUAAUCUUCGAAAUGGCCUAACCGAAUGCGAUUAAACAAACAGAUAGAGAGCAAUGGAAGGAGUGAUCUGGGAUAUAUUUAUCUGGUAUCAGUGGUAAAAUUAAAAAUUUUGUACAACCGACUUCAAUAUAAAUAUAAUGAGAACAUUAUCAAUGUAGUCCAAGUCAAUUAAAUACGCAUUAUUAAGGAUAACUCAAAAACUACUGGGCAGAUCAAAUUUAUAUGGGACCACAUGAGAAGCACCAGCUUUAAAAUAAAUUAAGAAUCAUCAAAAUUGGUUUACGUAGAAAAAAGUUAUGAGGUAACACACAUAUAGAAGAAAAAAAUACAGUCUAAUUGAGUACCUCCUUCUUUUCGAAGCCGGUUAGAAAUAAAGAAUAUUUUCUAGAAAAUCGAAAAACUCCGAUGAUUGUCUUAAAUGUAAAUGACGCUACAUUAAACAAUCGCACCCAGGCGAAGUCGGGGCAAGUCGUUAGUAAUGCAGAUAUUCCUGAAGUAGGUUCCACGGAACUUAAGGCUUCCGUAGAAAAGUCACUAGGGUUCCGCGAAAUUAAUUAUUUUUGCUUGUUAAAUAAUUUCACACUGGUAAGUAAUAUUAUUUUGAGAUAGCUCAAAAUAUGAGAUGAGAAGAACCAAUUUCUGUUAUGUAGAGGUACGUAGUUAACAAGAAUAAUAUUAAAAAAUAUCAAUUGCAAUGUUUAUAAUAUGUAAUAAUUUGAUGUGGGGUUCCAUAAAAUAAAAGGGAUUUGGUGCGUGUUCCAUUAGUCUAAAAGUUUGGGAACCCCUGGUAUAAUGUAUAAAAUUAAAAUUAGAGAUAUAAUCAGUGACAAAAAAUGUUUUUACCGAAUGAGUGCCCACUCGAGCAUUUGGGUGCACUUUUAAUUUGUAUGUAGCUUUGUGAAUACAACUUUAGGCAAUGCUUUUAAGGUUGAAUUUACAUUAAUGUAUAUUUGUUUCAACUAGAAUUACGCCAAAACAAUUGGCGACAGUUUUUAGAGAACUUUUGCAUGGGAUUGUGUAUCUAGUUUUUUAUUAGUGAUAGAUGUACUUAAAAUAGAAAAUUAACCAUAACUUUUGGACAAAAAUUUUAGCAUCGAUUGGGAUCAGAACUUGAAACCAGCUGACCGGUAUUAUCUCAAGGGUCAUGAUAAAUAGAUUGCAGGUGAACGCAGCAGUGGGCUGCUAAACGAGUGCAAGAGCUACGUCGGCGAAGUGGGCACUGUGGACUGUGUGAGGCUGGACCUGCUGCAAGCCGGGCUUAAAGACAGCUGUGCGGACUUCAUUAUUUGCAUUGCGGUCAUACACCAUUUCAGCACCCAGUCUAGAAGAGUGCAAGCAGUGGCUACAAUAGCUCGGUUACUGAGGCCGGGCGGCCGAGCCCUCAUCACAGUGUGGGCCAAAGACCAGACCAGGUCCAACUACCUCUGCAGAGAGAAAGAUAAAGAGGUUCAGAGCAACAGUACGGUCGAGGUGGCCGGCCUGACACUACCGGUCCACGAGAACAGAACCCAGUUCCAGCACAAGGAUCUCCUUGUGCCCUGGAAACUGCGCGGCAUGAAAGAGAACAAACUGGCCGACAAGCCCGAAUGCACCUUACUGAGGUACUAUCACGUUUUCGAAGAAGGCGAGCUAGAUGAGCUCUGUGAAUUGUCCAGUUUGCUGGUGGAAAGUAGUUUUUAUGAAGAGGGAAACUGGUGUGUUGUUUGUAAAAAAAUAUAAGGCUUCAUUGAUUGU